GGAACCAGCCUGCCGGCUGGGAACCAACCAUCCAGCACACCCGUGCCCAAUGCGGCCGGGUCCCCGGAAAGCCAGGCCCGCUGCACGCCCAUGUGGGCCGGCGGCGCUGGGAGCCCUCGACGGGGCACGGCCCCUGCGCCCACCGAUGACCUCUUUGCCCGAAAGCUGCGCCAGCCAGCACGGCCCCCGCUGACACCACAUACCUUCGAGCCAAGGCCAACCCGGGGCCCCCUCCUGCGCAGUGGCAGUGACGCAGGCGAGGCCCGGCCCCCCACGCCAGCCAGCCCUCGAGCCCGUGCCCACAGCCACGAGGAGGCCAGCCGCCCUGCUGCGGUCCCCCCUCGACUCUUCACUGACCCACUGGCACUGCUGGGGCUGCCAGCUGAGGAGCCGGAGCCCUCCUUCCCGCCAGUGCCUGAGCCCCGCUGGUUCGCCCACUAUGACGUGCAGAGCCUGCUCUUUGACUGGGCUCCAAGGCCUCGGGGGACAGGGGGCCACACAGAGGCCAGCUCUGGGACCCUGGCCUCGGCUGAGGACCGGACUGUCAGCUCAGACCUGCUGCUUGAGGCACCUGGUUUUGUGAGUGAGCUUGGGGGUGAAGGUGAACUGGGCCUGGGUGGGCCCGUGUCCCCACCUGUGCCUCCUGCACUGCCCAACGCAGCCGUGUCAGUCCUGGAGGAGCCACAGAACCGAACCUCAGCCUACAGCCUGGAGCACGCAGACCUGGGUGCUGGCUACUACCGCAAGUACUUUUAUAACAAAGAACACCAGAACUUCUUCGGACUGGACGAGGUGCUUGGUCCGGUGGCAGUGAGCCUGCGGCGGGAGGAGAAGGAGGGCAGCGGAGGGGGCACUCUACACAGCUACCGUAUCAUCGUGCGGACCAUACAGCUCCGGACUCUCCGUGGCACCAUCUCAGAGGAGGCGCUGCCACCAGGGCCCCCGAAGGGCCUGUCCCCGCGGAAGCUUCUGGAGCAUGUAGCGCCCCGGCUGAGCCCCACCUGCCUGCGCCUGGGCUCAGCCUCACCAAAGGUGCCGCGUACGCUGCUCACGCUGGACGAGCAAGUGCUGAGCUUCCAGCGCAAGGUGGGCAUCCUGUAUUGCCGGGCGGGCCAGGGCUCAGAAGAGGAGAUGUACAACAACCAGGAGGCGGGACCGGCCUUCAUGCAGUUCCUCACCCUGCUGGGCGACGUGGUGCGGCUCAAAGGCUUUGAGAGCUACCGGGCCCAGUUGGACACCAAAACGGAUUCCACGGGCACACACUCGCUCUACACCACGUACCAAGACCAUGAAAUCAUGUUCCACGUGUCCACAAUGCUGCCGUACACCCCCAAUAACCAGCAGCAGCUCCUGCGGAAGCGCCACAUCGGCAACAACAUUGUGACCAUCGUGUUCCAGGAACCAGGCAGCAAGCCCUUCUCCCCCACCACCAUCCGCUCACACUUUCAGCACGUGUUCCUGGUGGUGCGGGCACAAGCGCCCUGCACUCCGCACACCUCCUACAGGGUGGCUGUGAGCCGCACCCAGGACACCCCGGCCUUUGGUCCAGUUCUGCCCCCAGGUGGAGGCCCUUUCCCCGCCAACGCCGACUUCCGGGCGUUCCUGCUGGCCAAGGCGCUCAAUGGCGAGCAGGCGGCAGGCCACGCACGCCAGUUCCACACCAUGGCCACGCGCACGCGCCAGCAGUACCUACAGGACCUGGCCACCAAUGAGGUGACCACCACGUCGCUGGACUCAGCUUCCCGCUUUGGCCUGCCCUCCCUGGGCGGGAGGCGACGGGCGUCCCCUCGCAGCGCAGGUGCCGAGCUGCAGGCGCCUGGCGCGCUGGUGUGGGGAGUGCGCGCGGCACCGGGGGCACGGGGCUUGGCCGGUGGCCAGGCGGGCAGCGCCGAUGAUGCGGAGGUGCCCUGCCUGCUGGGCAUCUCUGCUGAGGCUUUGGUGCUGGUGGCGCCACGCGACGCCCGCGUAGUCUUUAACUGUGCCUGUCGCGACGUGCUGGCCUGGACCUUCUCGGAGCAACAGCUCGAUCUGUACCAUGGCCGUGGGGAGGCGAUCACCCUGCGGUUCGACGGGCCCCCUGGGCAAGCUGUGGGCGAGGUGGUGGCGCGCCUGCAGCUGGUGAGCCGCGGCUGCGAGACCCGCGAGCUGGUGCUACCCCGCGACGGCCAGAGCCGCCUGGGCUUCGAAGUGGACGCCGAGGGCUUCGUCAAGCACGUGGAGCGCUUCACGUUCGCGGAGAAGGCGGGGCUGCGGCCCGGGCUGCGCUCCGCGCCCAAGGUCUGCAUCACCGUCCUGCCCCCGGACGAGAGCGGCCGGCCCCGCAGGAGCUUUUCGGAGCUGUACAGGCUGUCUCUGCAGGAGCCCAGCCGGCGGGGGGCCCCAGAGCCAGUGCAGGAUGAGGUCCCUGAAGUGGCCCUGAUGCCCAUCACAAAGCAGCUGCUUCACAUGUGCCUGAGUGAUGGCAGCAGUCCGCCAGGGCCCGGAGACCUCGCGGAGGAGAGGACUGAGUUCCUGCACAGCCAGAACUCGCCAUCGCCCUGCAGCUCUUUGUCAGAUGAGGCCCCAGUCCUGCCCAACACUACCCCGGACCUCCUCCUGGCUGCCACAGCCAAGCCACCAGCACCUAGUGCUGGCAGGGAGACACCCCCCACCCAGGAUGGGCCAACCAGCCCCAGUGGUGGUAAGGACAGGGGUGACCUGGCCCCAGAGCUGAGGGACUCCUUCCUGCCACGAACUUUGUCUCUUCGAAACUCCAUCAGCAAAAUCAUGUCUGAGGCAGGCAGUGAAACUCUGGAAGACGAGUGGCAGUCCAUCUCAGAGAUCGCCUCCACUUGCAACACCAUCCUGGAGUCGCUGUCCCGGGAGGGACAGCCCAUCCCAGAGAGUGGAGAUACCAAGGAAACCCCAAAAUCUGAUGCUGAGCCAGAACCUGGGAGCCUGUCCGAGAAGGUCUCUCACCUGGAGUCCAUGCUCAGGAAGCUGCAGGAGGACCUGCAGAAGGAGAAGGCAGACAGAGCAGCCCUGGAGGAGGAGGUUCGGAACCUGCGGAACAACAACCGGCGGCUGCAGGCCGAGUCGGAGAGCGCGGCCACACGCCUGCUCCUGGCCUCCAAGCAGCUGGGCUCGCCCAACACCGACUUGGCCUGAGCCGUCUAGUCCAGCCUUAGCCUGGCUGUGGACCUGCUCAGAACUGCCCAAGUCCUUUAGGGCACCGGGGUCCCACUGGGCCCUGGGCCCCCCUCAGGAACUCUCCCUGCGCAGAGGCGCGUCUUAGCACUGCCCCCUCUCCCCAGCCCAAAGUUUCCUCUACUCCAUUCCUGUUUGUAAAUAUUCUGUGAAGAAAAGGGGACUUCAGGGAGUAAAGAAGCCACUGCUGUUUA